UUACCAUCACAGAUAGGUGGGUGACAGAAGUCCUCACAUUUGGGAGAAGAAAUACAAAUAAUUGUAGAUAGUAGAAUAUGAAUAUAGAUCUGAAAAUCACCUGUUUAUUUUUUUUCUAUCACAGUCUGCCUGUUACCAGUGGUCCUCAGGUCCUCAGAGGACAGGAAGCCCCCUGUGUCAUGCUUAAUGGCUUCUUUUAAACUGACUGUUUCUCUGCAGCUGUGGUUGAAGCACCCACUACCAUCUCCUACCCUGCCCCCAACUCAGCCUUGGCAGAGUGUUGUUUUGAAGGACACAGCUAAAAUCUGGCAUUUCUUCUAAUCUCUGGUGCCUACAACAGUUCCAGACUCACAGUAUUAAGUAAAUAUUUAAUGAAAACAUGAAUGGAUGCAAGAGGUGACGUGGUACUGGUGCCGGUAGGAUGUGUGGAUAUUUCUUAUGGGCAGCAAGUCUCUGAGCAAUGAAGAAAACUUAAAACUGUUUGGGAAAUGUAACAAUCCAAAUGGUCAUGGGCACAAUUACAAAGUUGUGGUGACAGUACAUGGAGAGAUUGAUCCUGUUACGGGAAUGGUUAUGAAUUUGACUGACCUCAAAGGGUGUAUGGAGGAGGCAAUUAUGAAGCCCCUUGAUCAUAAGAAUUUGGAUCUAGAUGUGCCAUAUUUUGCAGAUGUUGUAAGCACAACAGAAAAUGUAGCCGUAUAUAUCUGGGAAAAUCUCCAAAAAUUUCUUCCUGUGGGAGUUCUUUAUAAAGUAAAAGUAUAUGAAACUGACAACAAUAUUGUAGCCUAUAAAGGAGAAUAGCCUUUAUGGCUUAAUACUAUAGAAAGAUUUAAUUUCUUUCCAAAUUUGAAAGAUGUCUUUAUCUUCUUGGGCUAUUAAGAAGUUAUCACAUAAUUAUUGCACUUCCACAUUGUAUUCUGGAGUGCUUCAUUUAUUGAAAUCAUUGAGUAAAACUUGUUUAAAUUCAAAUAUAUUUUAAAACCAAAUAUGUAAUUUAUCCUGAGUAUCGUUUAGAGAGUCUGUUUUAUAUAGAUUAAAAAUCACUUCAUUUCAGUCCUGACCGGUGUGUGGCUUGGUUGGACAGUCUCCCACAAAGCAAAAGGUCACCAAUUCUGUUCCAGUCAGGACACAUGCUGGUGUUGCGUGUUCGAUUUCUGGUUGGGGUGCAUAUGAGAGACAACUGAUCAGUGUUUCUCUCCCUCUCUUUCCCCUCCCUCCCCUCUCUAAAAAUAAAAAAAAAAGUCACUUCAUUUCAGCAAAAUGUUUUGGUGUAGAACUGUUUGAAAGAAGAAACAAUCUUUUUUUUUUAAUUACCUCGUUUUUAGUAUUCAUUUUUUUUCUGGUCUAAUAUAAAUAGCAGAGGUGUUUAUAAAGGUGUAACCACAAAGUCUGGAAACAUAGAUUUCUUAAUAGAUUGAACUCUGAUUACUUCUUUUAGGAUAUGCUGUAGGCACAAGUUUAUUCAAUGAAAAUUAGAAACACCUAUCAUCUGAGGCAAUACAUUGUGGAUGGAUGUACAGGAUUAAUGGCAUUGCUACUUCAGUGCACAUUGUUCAUUGCAGUUUUGCAUAGCUUAUUAUUGAAAUAUGCCUUCCUAGUGAGGAAUAGCACAUUGAAAAUCUCAUAGAACAUCAGUAAGCUUAUUAUUUUGAAUAUUUGUUUAUGUUUCCAAACCUUAGGGCAACGUGAACAAUUUUAACUUAGAAGACAAAACAGGGACCAAAAAUCCCCUUGUUGUUACUAUCACGUUAAUUAUCAACUGUUAACUCUUUUAUGCCCACCUUUGUAAAAGAAGUAUGUGUCUGUUUGUUUCACUUUUUAUCCAGUCCCAGAGAUCUCCCUGCUUUGCUUUCUCCCACCUCUCUAAUGCAUUAGCAAUGAAUUUCAUGUAACCCCAU